AUGUCAAAACGGUUGAGAAAUAUAUCGGUAAAUAUCCUUUAUCAGCCAAAACAUAAAUAUUAAUAUUGGAUAUUUGAGAAGGUGAAGAUUUGCCAGAAAUCAGACGAAAUUUUCAUGUUGGUGCCUCCCUACUUUAGAACCAUUACCUACUUCUCCCUGUCCCCCUUUUAAAGUUGCUGAAGAAUUGACUAAAGUACAAAUCAGUGGAUAUUCAACGACUGCCAUUACCUGGUUUACUGACCUCAGAGCCGGCCUAGGGGUAAAAGUGAGCGCUUCACUUAGCCGCAGUCAUUCCUAAAGCCUUUAAUUUUCAGCUGGACAGGAGUUGCUGUGUGCAGAACGUAGACAAUGAGCUGACAUCAUGGCCACAAACACCACUGUCUCAUCUAAUGAUGGGUUUCCAGGUGGGACAGGCUGAGAAAUGGGGGAAGCAGUAAUUAGGGUCUCAGGUUUGGGUUGAUGAAUCAGUCUGCUCUGCCCUGCAGUUGUAUAUAAAUCAAGAUGAGAAACGUGAAAUCCUCAGAGGACGGAGGCUGAUCAGUUUGGUGGAGGCAACAGCAGGGAGUCAGGAGGUUUCUGGGUUUCUGUUCCUUAAAGUCCAGCUCUAUCUCGAAGACACAUCCGCUCCCUUCAGGCAGUUUUUCCGUCUCGGCUACGAAGUAAACAGAGGGCAUCGCUCUGCGUGGUCCGAGCCUCGGCCCAGACGGACUGAAUCAAGCACUUUACGUAGCAGCUACCACCAGGGAGUCCAGAGGAAAAAGAUAACACCCGCCAUCUUUUAAAGAAGUCAUGCCCAUCUGGUCCCCUCAUGGCAGGGUCACUAUGACGAUCACCUCCCUCCUCUCCCAGCCGGUGUUGCUGCAGGUGGUGGCCGUGCUGCUCUGGCGGGCCGGCCAGGUGACGUGUCAGGAGCAAAGCGACACACAGUUACCUGCCCAGGUUCUCCAGGACCUGCUGGCCCGCUACGGAGACAACAGUACCAUCACGGUGCCUCAGCUGCGCUCCCUCCUGGCGCUGCUGAGUCAGAGCCAAAGUGAAAGCUCAAACGACGGCCGAGAUGAGGCAAAGACGACAACAGUUACAAACAGCUCCAAGUGCUUGCCUGCAGACACGCUGGCCAUUUACAGCAUCAGUGAGCAGUCACGGCUGGACGGGCCAGAUCUCCAGAAGCUGUGUCCCACCAUGCUGCAGCAGCUGGACGCUGGCACCUGCAAGAUGAAAAAGGGGGAGGAGCUAAUUACUGACCCCGCCCCCAGGCCUUCAGAUGCAGAAGUUUGGGGUUAUGGGCUCCUGUGUGUGACACUGAUCUCUCUGUGUUCACUGAUCGGGGCCAGCGUGGUGCCCUUCAUGAAGAAAACCUUUUACAAGCGGCUGCUGCUCUACUUCAUAGCCCUGGCCAUUGGCACGCUGUACUCCAACGCCCUGUUUCAGCUCAUCCCCGAGGCCUUCGGUUUCGACCCAAUGGUGGACUUCUACGUAUCCAAAUCGGCCGUGGUUUUCGGAGGCUUCUACCUCUUCUUCUUCACAGAAAAAGUUCUCAAGGUUCUCCUUAAGCAAAAGCAAGGGAGCCACGGCCACAGUCACUACAGCGGCGCAGAUCACUACUCGGCCCCGGACAGGGAUGCCGAGGAGGGCGAGAAGCUGCAGCAGAACGGAGAGGCCGGCGGCCUGGCGCAGGGGAAAGUGGACGAGGCCAGCGAGGGAGAGCUCAUGUUGAGCCCCGGACAGGCGCCACAGGAGUCUGAGAGGCCGGACAGCGCAGCGGCGGCGCGGUCUGGCGGCCGAGGCGGCGGCUGCUACUGGCUGAAAGGAACGACCUACUCUGACAUCGGCACGCUGGCCUGGAUGAUCACGCUGAGCGACGGCCUCCACAACUUCAUCGACGGCUUGGCUAUCGGCGCCUCCUUCACCGCCUCGGUCUUCCAGGGCAUCAGCACCUCCGUGGCCAUUCUUUGUGAGGAGUUCCCGCACGAACUCGGAGACUUUGUGAUCCUCCUGAAUGCCGGCAUGAGCAUCCAGCAGGCGCUGUUCUUUAACUUCCUGUCAGCCUGCUGCUGCUACCUGGGCAUGGGCUUUGGGAUCCUGGCUGGCAACAGUUUCUCUCCGAACUGGAUCUUCGCUCUGGCUGGAGGGAUGUUCCUCUACAUCGCUCUGGCAGACAUGUUUCCAGAGAUGAACGAAGUGAGUCGUGAGGAAGAGGACGCAGGUGGCAGCAGGUUCCUCAUCACCUUCGGCAUCCAGAACGCGGGGCUCCUAACGGGCUUCGCCAUCAUGCUCCUCCUCACCACAUAUUCAGGACAGAUCCAGCUGGGCUAGCGCCGGACUCUGGCAGAAACGGGGCCCAGUUCUGCUCGGUCCUGCUGCAGGGAUCCGAUUGUGCGGCGGGAACGCACAGUCCUGUAUUUAAAAGAACUGACUGCUUUUGUGCAGCUCUGACAUGCAGUAAAGUUCAUGACCUUUGAACUUUUUUCCUGUCUUAUGACGGUUUUAAAACAUCAACCCAGUUCUUCUUUAGCCACAUUUUCCUUUUCAAAGUCUCGUUGUUUUCCUCGUACUUGUUUGUCCUCGAUGUUCCGCUGAUCUGGGAUCGGUUAAAGUUCAUACAGGUAAAAAUAUCAGUGAUUCUUUGUGAAAGCAGAUGAAGAUUACAGCUGCUGUGAACAUUUUACGUUUGUUUUUUUUUUUUUAUGCUUUCACAAUUAAUACCAAAAAAGCACAAAUCCUGAAGGACUUUGAGGUGGAAAUAUUCCUUCUAUUUGAACAGUUUUUGUGUGAUACUUUAAAGUUUUAUAACAUUUAAAAAGUACAGAAAAGUUCGGUGAAGGGCUACACGAUGAUCCUGGAACAUUAUCGCUUCUUUGUCAUCUUUAUGCAGUGAUGGAUCCUUCAUUGUGAAGAUGAUGUUUAACAUCUUUUUUUUCCAAAAGGCCCAUGCAGUGGCAUUUCUCUACAGUUUACCAUCUGUGCCCUUCAUUUAUAUAAGCUGCAAAUUGUUUUUUAGAUUAUUUUUUUUCCGUUAUGUGUAAUCAAGGAUGCGUCUGUGGUCUCAUGCUUUAUUAUUUUUUUUUUUAUUUUUAUCCUCAAGUAUUCUGUGGUUUUCCAGUUUUUACAAGUUCAUGAUCAUAUCUGUGUUUACCUUCCUCGACUUAUUGAUCAGUGAUAAGUGACACCCAAUCCUCAGUCAAGUUGCACAUUAAAUAUAUUCCAUUAAUGUUUAUGUUAUGAAUCACCAGGAAUUUAAAAGAAAAUACUAGCUAAUUUGGAACUUCUCCAAAAAUUAAAUAACUUUCUGAUAAAUAUUUGAACCUGGAGAAGAAGCAACAGAUAAAACUUUUUCUAAUCAAUUAAAUUUAAAUCAAGGCAAUAAAAACAAUAAACAAAAAAAAAAACACCAAAUUAUCUCAAAUUUGAACUUCUUGGUUGAACAAAACAAGAAGUUUCUUUGUGGAGGAAAAGUCAAGUUUCAGAGAAAUGGCACUAAAGUUGCCAACUGAAGAGUUGCCGUCCAGAAAAAAGCCGCCGUCUUUAGAAAUGAAUUGCGCACAUGACAGAAGCACAGCUGAGCACCUGAGCUCACAUGGUGUGAUUGAAACAAACUGAUACCAUCCCAACAAAUUAUCUACUUUUAUUCAAAAUGAACACAUGCUAUUGCUGUAGAAAAUGACUCCCAGUUUGGUGCGUCGCCGGCCCUUUAAAUAUUCCGAUAUCCUAGAAAUAGAUU